AUGAAUGCCCAAGGAAGUGUCGGGGGAUACGAUUCUGAUGAGGAACCUGAGCCUUUUGCUCCUCACAUCUCGGCAUUGCCAUACCCCCAAGGGUUCAAGAUGCCCACUAUGACAAAAUAUGAUAGAAGUACUGACCCGGGAGCCCACAUUAGUGAUUUCAACACAUUAAUGAGGACAAGCCAUGUGAGUGGCGAUCUGAAGUGCAUGUUAUUCCCGGUGACCUUGACAGGAGCAACAAAAACAUGGUUCAACAAAUUCAAGAAGCAUUCAAUCACCUCUUGGGACAAAUUGUCGAGUGAUUUUAAAAAAGAAUUUCGUGCUGCCAGGUCUCGAAAACCUGAUAGCUCUUCCUUGGCCAAUGUAAAACAACAACCCGGUGAGAGUCUAAAGGCCUAUAUUGAUAGGUUCAACAUCGAGGCGGCCAAGGUGAAGAACGUUGAUGACAGUGGGAGACUCAUGGCCUUGGGGGCAGGCAUAACUCAUGGAUCUUUACUAUGGGAUAGCCUCCAAGGGAGAAGUGCCCCCACUAUUGACGAAUUUAUGAAAAGGGCCCAAAAAUAUAUAAACAUUGAGGAAGCCAGGUUAGCUAACAACCUGCCUCUUCCCUCAGGACAACCUGUUUCAGCUACUACAACAACAACUUCCACCAACCCAAAAGCAACAACUGCCAACCCUCCAGCUACCAAUAACUCUGGGCACAAUAAUAAGAGAAAGGGCGACAAUGGAGGAGAUCAGAACAAUGCCAAAAAGAGCAAAGGUUAUCAGUCCAUGUUCACAAUAUACUCCGAACUUGUGGAGACACAAGAAACCAUAUAUGUGGCAAACGAACAUCGGGUGGCCUUUCGGAUACCUGAACCCUUGAAAGGAAGUCGUGCGAAUAGAGAUCCAUCCAAGUAUUGCCAAUAUCAUAAAGACAUUGGCCAUACCACCAACGAGUGUCGAAACUUGAGGGAUGAGAUAGAGACUCUUAUACGGGGCACCUGGAAACAAUACUCCUAA